AUGGAUGGCCACGUCGAGAAUACACCGUCGUCUCCAGCCCGACAGGACCAUGCGCUAAUCGCUGCAGACACGGUCCCAUCGCCGCCAAGUGACGUUGCCCAGGAUGCCAGCGACCAACAAGGAGAAGAACCAAUUCCAAUCGAAGAGGUUGAGACAUCAGCUCAAUCCACGGAGGAGAACAUGGAAGAUAUCGCCGUUGAACCCUUGACAACGGAAACGGAUAAUGACGCAGGCAGUCCACAGACCCAACACCAGGAGCAGGCAUCCCAAGAGAUCCCAGCCAACAAUACUGAACCGCAGCAAGGCGAAAUGGAUGACGUCCCUCCCGCGAUUCCCGAGAAGCCCCCCACCACUGUCAGCGAUAGCGACAACACCCUUCCACCUCUUCCACCAUCCUCGAUACCCAACCCAAUACUCAAUGGCCGACAUGAUUCGCGACCACAGUCUCCUACAUUAUCAGUUGCCAGCGGUACCACCUCUACCGCACAUAGAAGGUCUAUGACGACCUCCAGAGGGUCCAAUAUGUCCGUAUCCCUAAUCUCGUCGGCUUUGGAAACCAUUGCUUCCUCCAAGGAAGCAAAACGAUCUGCACCGCUUCGAGAAGGAAUUCAAAAGGCGCUGGAGCUCAUUCAGACUAACCAAGCCAUAGACCACGCUCGAGAAAUCCUCGAACCUCUCCGCCUAGCAUGCGAAACCCAGAACGAGAAGCUUGUGAUCGCGAGUUUGGAUUGCAUAUCCAAGCUCGUUUCAUACUCGUUCUUCGCCGAGGAAAACGAUGACGCGCCAUCCAACACCUUUUCUCCGCCUCCUUCUCCCAACCCUAACCGUCGCUCUUCAAUCAAGAGCUCGCAGGACUCCCCGCCCCAACCUUCUCUCGUGGAUUUGGUCGCGCACACUAUCGCAUCAUGCCACAACGAGAGCACUUCUGACACAGUGUCAGUCCAGAUUGUGAAAGCUCUCCUCGGACUGGUUCUAUCGCAAACGACCAUUGUUCAUCACCACUCCCUGCUGCAGUCAGUGCGAACCGUUUACAAUGUCUACAUUACAAGUACAAGCCCCCAGAUCCAGAUGCUGGCCCAAGGCAGCCUCACGCAAAUUGUCGACCACGUCUUCAACCGCUGCAAGCUGGAAGGUCGAAAUCGGGAACACCAGCUGACUCCAUCCCACCAUAGCACGGAGAGCCUACCCAUUUCACCCAGGCGCGAAUCUGGAGCCCUUCCACAAAUUCCCAUGGUCGGACAACAUGGCGAACCAACAGGAAGCCAGUCGUCUGUGACAACAGAGUCUGUGGGAUCCUCGACGAGCUUGCCGAGACCUGAGGAAGAUCGAGAAUCCGUCCUUGCAGAUGGCCAGUCAGUGCACACCAACGACGAUCGAUCUUCAACUUGGACUGCAAGUAGCUCGACAAAUCCAGGGCUUUUGGCGCCUAGGAUGACGGUGCACCAACUGACCCUUCGAGACCUGUUCUUGAAGGACGCUUUCCUGAUUUUCCGUGCCCUAUGCAAGUUGUCUCUCAAACCGAUUCCACCCGAAAAUGAGCAAGACCCCAAGGCACAUACGUACCGAAGCAAGGUUAUGUCACUGCAGUUGAUUCUUCAUGUCUUGAAUCAGCACAUGGCUCUACUCGUGGACCCCGCCUCGAUCAUCUACUCCAGUUCUACCCAAGACACUGUUACAUUUGACAAACAAAUCUCUCCGCACCUAUUGCAGUCUCUUACUCGCAAUGCGCCCAGUCCAGUCCCCGCGGUGUUCGAGCUCAGUGUCGAGAUCUUCUGGCGAGCCUUGUAUAGUAUGCGAGCCCAGCUCAAGACGGAAAUCGGUGUUCUCUUGCAUGAAAUUUAUAUUCCCAUCCUUGAGAUGAAGACCUCUACCCUGCGACAAAAGGCAGUCAUCCUUGGGAUGCUCGCCCGGUUAUGCCAAGAACCGCAGGCCUUGGUGGAGAUUUACUUGAACUAUGAUUGCGAUGAACGGGCCGUGGAUAACAUUUACGAACGCCUCAUGAAUAUAAUAUCCAAGUUCGGCACCACGAAUGUCGCCCCCAGCGCCAGCAACAAGCUGCCAGAACCUCCCAGCCCAGGUCUGAGCCCGGGGCCUAGGAACCAAGCCCAUGCUGCCAACUCGUUGAACGGCGGUGUAUUGGCUGCCUCUGGGACGUUAGACACGUCCACAUUGGGCCUAUCUGAAACCCAGAUCAAACGUCAAGCGUUAGAGUGUCUUGUGGCCGUGCUACGGUCCCUCGUGGCCUGGGGAACACCGCCAGUUGCGAAGCCCACUGAUUUCCAAACACCUUCAUCGGCGCGGUCACAGAAUGGGGAAGAGUCUCGUCGGGACACCCCUUCCAUCUCGGAGCGUCUUACCACUGGGAGCAGCGGAGAUCUCAGGUUAUCCACUCCUGAACCUACAGACGACCCAAGCCGGUUUGAGAGUGCUAAGCAAAGGAAGACGGCAUUGCUUGAAGGGAUCAAGAAGUUCAAUUUUAAACCAAAGCGAGGGAUUCAAUUCUUGAUUGAGAAUGGCUUCAUCCCAGACAACAAUCCCAAGUGCAUCGCGACCUUCCUCCAUGAAACGGAUGGCUUGAACAAGACGAUGCUCGGUGAAUACCUCGGAGAAGGGGAUGAAGAGCAUGUUGCGAUCAUGCACGCCUUCGUCGACAUGAUGGACUUCAAAGACACUCUCUUCGUUGAUUCUCUCCGACAUUUCCUUCAAGCAUUCAGGCUGCCCGGUGAAGCCCAAAAGAUCGAUCGCUUCUUGCUGAAGUUCGCUGAACGAUACAUUAACGGCAAUGCCAAGACGCCAUUCGCCAACGCUGGUUGGUGUUAUUUAUCUCGAGACUGGGACGUGACCGCUAACGUCUUGAUAGAUGCCGCAUAUGUUCUCGGUUAUUCAGUCAUCAUGUUGAAUACCGAUGCUCACAAUCCUCAGGUCAAGAAGAGGAUGACGAAAACCGAUUUCAUCAAGAACAACCGUGGCAUCAACGAUGGUUCAGACUUGCCAGAGGAUCUUUUGUCUUCAAUCUUUGAUGACAUUGUCUCCAAUGAAAUUGUCAUGAACGAUGAGAUCGAAGCGAAAUUGCUUCAAGGUCACGCUGGGAUUGCAGGGGCAUUGGCCAGCGUUGGCCGUGACCUUCAGAAAGAAGCAUAUGUAUUGCAAACGAGCGGAAUGUCCAACAAAACUGAGACACUUCUCACUAUGAUUCGAAGCCAACGAAAAAACUCGAAACAGAGUGAUCAGUUCUACAGUGCCUCCCAAUCCAUUCACAUUCGUCCCAUGUUCGAAGUCGCCUGGAUGCCCUUCCUGGCGGGCCUAUCAAACCCCUUGCAGGAGACGGACGAUCUGCAGGUUGUGGAACUGUGCCUCGAAGGUUUUCGACAUGCCAUUCGAAUUGUGUGCACAUUCGACUUGGACCUCCAGCGCAAUGCCUUCGUGACCACACUGGCGAAGUUCACGUUCCUCAACAACCUGGGUGAAAUGAAGAUCAAGAACAUGGAGGCCAUCAAAGCUUUGCUUGAUGUCGCUGUCCAUGACGGCAAUAAUUUGAAGGCUUCCUGGAGGGAGGUGCUCAAAUGUGUCAGUCAGCUGGAACACAUGCAGUUAAUUGGAACGGGUCCAGACGGCGUCGACGCGGGCGGGAAGGGACGCUCCAAGCGAGUGCCCAAUGAGGAGUUGGCAAGCCAAAGCCGAUCUACACACAUCACAGUAGCUGCUGAUAUGGUUUUCUCUCUCAGCCACUAUCUCUCAGGGACUGCAAUCGUCGACUUUGUUCGCGCUCUUUGCGACGUAUCGUGGGAGGAGAUCCAAUCGUCUGGAAAUUCUACGCAUCCUCGUCUUUUUAGUCUUCAAAAGUUGGUCGAUAUCUCGUAUUACAACAUGAACCGUAUCCGUCUCGAGUGGUCCAACCUCUGGGAGAUUCUCGGUGAACACUUCAACCAGGUCUGCACUCAUCCAAAUGCUGUCGUUGCCAGCUUCGCAUUGGAUGCCCUGCGCCAGCUCGCCGUGCGAUUCUUGGAGAAAGAAGAAUUACCUCACUUCAAAUUCCAAAAGGAUUUCCUGAAGCCUUUCGAAUAUACCAUGAUCCACAAUAGGUCCACCGACAUCCGAGACAUGGUUUUGCAAUGUCUUCAUCAAAUGAUUCAGGCCAAAGUACAUAACCUUCGUUCCGGCUGGAGGACUAUGUUUGGCGUCUUCAGUGCAGCAUCGAAAGUGAUGGAAGGAAUCGAUAUUUCGCGUGCACCCGACGCUCUUGAGAUCGAAGGCAUCGUCAUCUCGGCUUUCGACAUCGUAAAGAACGUGAACGCGACUCAUUUUCCCUCCAUCGUUAAGCACGGCGCCUUCGCAGACCUGACCGUCUGUAUUACUGAUUUCUGCAAGAUUUCCAAGUUGCAGAAGAUCAGCCUUUCAGCAAUUGCCAUGCUUAGGGAUGUUAUUCCGGUUAUGUUGAAGAGCCCAGAGUGUGGGCUUAGCACAGAAAAUAUUGCCCACGACCCAGACCAGCCCAUGGACGACGGCAUGAUCAAGUACUGGUAUCCGGUGCUUUUCGGAUUCUACGAUAUAAUCAUGAACGCGCACGAUCUAGAAGUCCAAAAACUGGCCCUGGAAUCACUCUUCAGCGCGCUCAAGGUGUAUGGGACGACCUUCCCAGCAGAGUUCUGGGACACCGUUUGCCAAGAACUUCUGUUCCCUAUCUUCGCCAUCCUUAAGAACAAGCAUGAUCUAUCACGGUUCCAUUCCCAAGAAGACAUGAGUGUCUGGUUGCAAUCGACGAUGUUCCAGGCGCUUCGUGCUCUCAUCGAGCUCUUCACCUUCCAUUUUUCAAUCCUGGAGAGGUUACUGGACGGUCUUUUGGAAUUGCUAUCGGUCUGCAUAUGCCAGGAAAACAAAGCGUUCUCUCAAAUUGGCACCUCUUGUUUGCAGCAACUGUUAGAAACCAAUGUAACUAGGCUGAGCCCUGAACGUUGGGAAAAGGUGUCGGCGACCUUCGUUCGUCUAUUCCGAACUACGACCCCCCACCAGCUCUUCGACGAGAAUUUGAGGGCCGAAAGCGUCCUGACGUCCGAGUCUAAUGCAACACUACCAAAUAAUGAUGACGGCACCACUAUCGUCCCUGCCCCCCUUUCACCCAACCAUGAGCGGCUGGAUCAUGAUCAACCAAUGACAGCCCAAGUCAGGCAGCAGAUAUUUGGCCAAAUCAUCGUCAAGUGCAUCCUACAGCUUUUAUUGAUCGAGAUGACCAGCGAUUUGCUCAAGAACGAAGAGUUCUACAGCGCUAUUCCUCCGGAUCAGUUGCUGAAGAUCAUGGGCAUCCUUGACCACAGUUAUCAGUUCGCUCGCUCGUUUAACGACGACAAGCAAUUGAGAACGGAACUGUGGAAAGUUGGCUUCAUGAGGCACUUGCCUAAUCUAUUGAAGCAGGAAUCGACCAGUGCCGCAACUCUUGUCAAUGUCUUGCUUCGAAUGUAUUAUGACAAUCGCCCCGAUUAUCGUCCCUACCGCCACCAAGUUGCUGAGAGGUUACUUCCUCUGGCUUUAGGCGUUCUCGGAGACUACAACAAGCUGCGCCCCGAUACGCAAGCCAAGAAUAUCUAUGCUUGGAACCCAGUUGUGGCAGAGAUUCUGGAUGGCUUCGGUCGAUUUGAUGACAACGCGUUCAAUACGUUCCUUCAUGCGAUCUAUCCUCUGGCUGUCGAGCUUCUCUCAAGGGACAUUCCUCCCGAGAUUCGCCAACCUCUCAAGGUCUACUUCCUUCGAGUCGGUCGCGCACAGGGUAUUAUAGACGUUUCCUCAUAA